UUGAAUGUACAAUUAUUACAUUGCAAAUACAAAUAGCAAAACAAAAUAAAAAAUAAGAAGAGAAAUAUGGGUUUCACCGAGAAACAAGAGGCUUUAGUAAAUAGCUCAUUCGAAUCAUUUAAACAAAAUCCUGGUUAUAGUGUUUUGUUCUACACUAUUAUAUUGGAGAAAGCACCUGCAGCAAAGGGUAUGUUCUCUUUUCUUAAGGACUCAGCUGGAGUACAAGAUAGUCCUAAACUUCAAGUCCAUGCUGGAAAAGUUUUUGGAAUGGUACGCGAUUCAGCUGCACAACUCCGAGCCACAGGAGGAGUAGUAUUGGGAGAUGCUACUUUGGGUGCUAUCCACAUUCAGAAUGGAGUUGUUGAUCCUCAUUUUGUGGUGGUUAAAGAAGCUUUGCUGAAAACAAUAAAAGAAUCAUCAGGAGAUAAAUGGAGCGAAGAAUUGAGCACUGCUUGGGAAGUAGCUUAUGAUGCAUUGGCAACUGCAAUUAAGAAGGCAAUGAGUUAAACUUGAGAUGAUAUAUAAUUAUAUCUCAACUUAAUAAAUAAAAGUUGUAUUACUAAAACUUGUUUAACAAGUUUAUAUAAUAAAAAUUAUUGAAAUGACUAUUAAAUAGUUAUUAUUAUAUUUAUGCUA